UCAACCACUAAUCACAUAAAUCAAUUUAUUUCUCAGGUAAGGAAAUAGUUUUUUUUUAAAUUUUUAACUAUUUUAAUCAAUUCAGAUAUAAACAUUAAAAAUAAGUGAUUUUUAAAACGGUAAAGUGAAUUUAUGCAGAUAUUUACAAACUGACGAGGAUGUAUUCUUGGAUGCGUGUAAUUUGACUACUGGUUUCCCAACACUACUAGUUUCCCAACAAUAUAUAUCUGUAUUUAGAAAGAAAAUGUUAAUUUAAAGAUAUUGUGAUUAACAGUAAUUCGUAAGAAUAUUACUUGUGCAUUCACUUUGUGUUGUCAUUAAAGUAAAUCGGAAUUAUUUGUUGCGUUGUAUUGGUACCAGAAUUAAAUGAUAUUUUAUAGGUCCGUGAUAAAACUGAAGUGGUUUACCUACAACAAACCUAAACCAGAAAGUGAAUUCUUUAUCAAUAUAGAAUUUUUUUUAAAGGACUUGUGCCUAGUUGGAAAUGAUGUAACACUAUCUUAAACAGGGAAAUGAACGUUUCUCUUUCGUACAAAUUUAAUUUAGAAAGAUAAAGUGAUUAGAUCUCAUAAAAGUGUGUGGCAUUAUUUGUAGCAGCAAUAUGUGAACUCAGUUGGUGUUCUGAUAAAAAAUGAGUUCAUUUAUUACAUGAAUAUUGAAAAUUAUUACAUUAACAUAUUAACUUCAACAGUUUACGCCGCCAAAAAGUAUUGAUAGGUAUUAUACUGGAAACAUUGAAGACCACUGCUCCCGUCAUGCCAAUCUUUCAGCUUAUAGUCAUUUGGCCAUGUUCAGGAUAUAAGCUAUGUUUGAAAUUUCAUACCAUUCAAAAUGAAAUGUGAAGAUGUAUCCUGGCAAAAUGAAACGAAAUCUGGAACCUAUUUGAGUAUGUCAAGUGAUGUAAAACUGUGUCACAAGAGCCGGUUAAAAGCCAACUCACACAUUUGUAUAUAGUAUAUACCGUGUCAAGCAAUACCAACACGUCAAAUGAAAAUGAUGAUGGGACAAAAUACAUGGCUCAAGAAAACACACCCAUUCUGUUACAAUUGAAUGACUUCAAGAACUUGACACAAAGAAAACAAGAAGCAGAAUCAGUUGCACCUAAGGACGAGUACCGCUUAUUAGUACAAAAGGAGCACCCGCAAGAAAAAAGCCAAGAAGCAGACAGUUAUGUUCGUCAGAUUUCAAGCUCAACGCAAGUUACAAAGGUUUUGGCGAAAAAACAUCGUGUGUUAGAAUAUGAGCAUCUCAAGUCGAACAUGGAGCAUGCUUUAAAGAAAAUGCCUGUUUCAACAGACAUCAAGAGAGGAAGUCUUCCUUUAAAUGGAUCGAUGUCCUGUACAUACCCUAUCCGUUUUAAAACAUACGUGUUUAUGAUUUUACUGUCACCCUAUCUUUCCGAUGCCAUGAACAUACAACCUCUAACCGAAAACGAUCAAAGUCUCUCGAAGAUACAAACCUUUGUGUCUCUCAGCACUCCGUACUGCAACCCAUCAAAUUUAAAUAUGACCUGCCCUUUUCAAGGAAGUGAUAACAUGCAACUAUUAAUCGAUCGUUGCGAAUUCAAGAAAAUGUGUUCAUCAGGAUACACACCUCUAUGUGUCAACAAUGAAAAAGGAAUGGCUUUCAUCUGCGCUCCAGUACAUCUUAGAUGCGAGAAAGGUCAUUGGUGGAGAGUAAUGAAAGACGAGGAGGACCCUUCAAAGAUUAAGGUUACUGUCGAGAAAUGUCCUACUGGUUAUUUUCAAGAAACAAAUUCCAACUGUAUCAAUGCAUGCAGAUCAAAGCACUUAGAUUUAACAAAUAUUGAAGAAAAAUAUUUGAUCUAUAGUGAAGGCAACCACAUCUCUCCAACUAUUGUCUAUUGUAACUACAAAGAAGGAUAUUAUAACAGAGCUGGGAGACUUCUAUUAGAUUAUGACAGGGAAAGUAAACAUGAACCAUAUUUUUGUAGUGGAAACGCUGCAAAGAACAGCCCAUGUGUAGAAGGACAAGAACCCUUGCCUAAUGCAACAUGCGUUCUUCCUUGCAACCCACAUGAAUGUAGAGAUGAUCAUGAUAACUUUAUCUGCAAACAGACUUGCCGGGACCAGAUUGGAAUUGGACAUUCCAUAACAGUUAUAGAUAAACCUGACUUGGACACCGCAGAGUGCGACGGAGAUUCAUGGGUUUGUCAAAAUGGAAUAUGUAAACAAUCUUUUAACAAGUAUGUCUGUCAAUGCAAUCCAGGAUUUGUGAAGGAUAGAGAAACUGAAAAAUGUAUAGAACCAGAUGUGGGUUCCGGAACAAGACCAGGACAACACAAAGAAUAUAUAAUUGGUUUGGCGUUCAUUCCUGUGGUCUUCAUACUAGUUGGGUUUUUCAUUCUUUACCUUCUUUACCGACGCAAUAUAUGGAAACCAAAGUGUUUAACAGAAACACCUAGUAAUGCAUAUCAUGAAACCUCUUCAUGUGAGACAGGUGAGAUUAGUUCAGGAACAUCGAGUAAUGAUUCACCAAGUGUUACCAGAAAUAAAUCGAGCCGGAAUGAUCAGCGUAUAACAUUCGACAAUACAGAAACUGUGAAUAUAACAAAUAAUACUUACCAUUACAACGAAACACAUCCAGAACAACAAAUUGCAUUACAUUCUUAUCAAAAGUUCAGAAAUCCGGAAGAUGACACAGUUCCUCUUGCAGCUGAAAAAGCAACAUCAACCAGUGGCAAUAUACAGAAAGUUACAAUAGAGACUAUAGGAGUAACAAGUGAAGACGAAACAAAGCCUUUGUUACCUUAUUCUGAGACGGCAGGCAGGAUACAUUUUACGGAAUGUAAGAAAGAAACAGAUGAUACCAACUCAGAAGCUUAUAUAAGACAGCUACAUGACCUUAUGAAGAAAUGUGCAGCUGUAAUGUACAAGGAUAACAUUAUUGGGACUGCUUUUCGUAUUGGUCCUUCUUACGUGAUCACAGCAUUUCAUGUCAUAAAGAUUAUUGUAAAAGAUUUAAGUGGGAACUUCGAUUUUUCACUGAUUGAUCAUGAAAAUGUAACUUUAAACUUUAAUGAAAAUGUGAACAAUCUACAUAAGUACAAAAUUCGACUUACAUAUGUAUUUCAUGAUGAGCAGUACGAUUUUGCGAUCCUUGACAUUAAGGAUGUUCAUCUUCAGACAGAAUUUCCGAAAGCAUUUCUGCUGUGGAGACAUAAUGUGUCUCCUUCGGACAAAUUGAAAGGAACAAUAAUAGGGUUUGGUCAUCAGGUUAAUUCUAAUGAAAAACAAGAAGAAACAUGUCAGUUAAAUAUUAAAGACUUUACACAGCGGCUCACAGACGCCCGUGUAAGCUUGUCUCAAAAUGAAAUGGCUUACAAAGAGGACUUGCGAAAUCAAAAUAAAGAUGAACGACUAGUCGAUCUCGGAUAUUCAGGUAUUGAAAGCGACGAGUACAUAAAAGUGGAUACUUUUAUGGGUCAAGGACUAUCUGGUGGUCCUGUAGUAACAAAUGAAGGACAUUCUCCAAAAGUCGUAGCUAUGUUUGUUGGUGAAGUGCCCCGUUUUUAUCAUGAAUUGUCCCGGAAUAAACAAUCGACCUUCAAAGAGAGACAUUUGUUUAAUAUUUGUCUCAAAAUGUCUAAAAUACACGAGAUUUUGGUGAAUAAAAAUCCAAUGCUAGCAUCUAAAAUCUUUCCUAAGGAAAAAUAAAUAAAGGGAUUAAAAUCGUUGCUAAUAAAAGAAGAAGACGAUGAAAAUAUGAAGCAGAAGAGAACAGCAACUAAAGCGAUGAUGUAGUUUUGAAGAAGAAACAAAGUGACCUUCAUUAUGUAAUACAUUUGUAAUUUAUUCUUGAAUAUGAUUUUGAUUUCUGUGCUUGAUUAACUGGGCUGAAAAGAUCAUGUAUGUGCACUUGAGAGAUAUAUGUGGAAUGACAUAUGAGGACCAAGAGAUAAUCUAAUGAACAUAUAUUCUAGUUUUUUUAUGGAAGAUGUAUGAGGGGAUAAUGUAAGAUUAGCAGGAGGUCAUCUAAAUGUACAUAUACAUAAGUUGUUAUGGAAAAAUUAUGAGGGGUCACCUUAGAUGACAAGGGGGUAUUUAAGAUGUAUAAUAGGGCUGGGCGAGUAUCAAAGUACUCGAAUAAUCACGAAUCAAAAUGAAAAAUUGUACGAUUAUCUGUCAGUCCAGAGAUUGUGGAUCCCGAUCUUAUUUAUUUAUACACAUUCACUGCUUCUCACAAUCUAAAAGUCGAACUAAAAUUACAAUUUGAGUAUGAAUUAUGCGACGUUUACUGAAAUACAAUUUGCCGAUUAAAGACAGGAAGUAAACAAACAAGCUAGAAAGUCAUUAGUUUCCUAAUUAAAAUCACUUUAUCCACAUGAACCUGACAUUCUACCAACAUUAACGAUAAUAUCCAUAAUAUACCCCCAAUAUAGUUAUUUAUACUAUAAAGAGGUAUUUUAAAUAUCAUUUAUAUUGUCAGAACUACAGAACAUGUACAUUUAGGUAAUGCAGAUUAUCCGAUUGUCAGCUAUUUUCUGACCCUUCGCGAGAAAAGAAUCCAGCACUUUUAGGUGUUUAGAAAUGAGUACCGCUCAAGCCGAUGCUAGGGGCGUGAGGGAUGUUGCACUUUCCAUUAUCCCUCAUUUACAGACUCGAUUAAACCGAGUCUGCAAUUUUUACGUAAGUUUGCUGUUUUUAAUGCUUCCAAGGGCUCUCUUUUUUAUCAGUAAUAUAUAUACAUUUAGAUGAUCCUUUACUCAUCUUACGUAAUAUCAUCACAUGGGUUCAUAUCGCGGUUUAAUUAUUAGGUAUAUAAAUGAAAAUUCAUAAUAAUACUAUUGUAUGUCCUGAACACUUUAAAAUUAGUUUCAAUUUUUAGACAUACAUUUUAUAUUCAUAAGAAGGAUUAGGCAUAUGCACUAUUUACAAAUGACAUUCACCGGGACGCUGAUCAUUUUCACAACAAUUUAUAGUUUAAUCAGGAUGAUCACGCUUUAUCAUAAAUUCUUGCUUAAUUUAUAGGCUGCAACGGCGGGGCUUUAUAUGCUAAGUGUUCUAUCCCAUGAUUCAAAUUAUCGAAUACAUAUUUUUCAGUAGAACUAUACAAUAAAUAUUUUUAAUUAAACAAUGUACAUUUUCAAAUAUAGAACACACAUAUAGAAAAUUAUCGCACUCAAUACUUUUUAUGGUGAACAAAUAUUCAGCAGGAUUGAAUAAAUAUUAUGAUAUAAAAUAUAAAAUUAGAGUUAUACAAUAUAAAUAUUUGAUGUAGAACAAAAAUUUAAUUUAUUAAAUAUUGCAACGUUUAACAUGCCAUAUGAACCUAUCAAAUUAUGAUUUUAGAAAAUAGGGGCUUCAAUACGUAUUUCUAUAACAUUGCAUCGGGCACCAGCAAAACAAAAACAAAAUGGUGUGUAUUUGCCAAACGUUUGUUGGUUUAAUAUUAGAACAGAUCAUACCAAUCUAAUUUGAGUCUAUAAACGACUAUUGCACAUAUAUUUUUAUUCAAUAUCGUACUCUACACAAGAACAAGGUACUAGUAUUUGUUAUAUAAUGUGUCAAUGUAACAUUACAUGAAAUGUGGUUUAUCCGGUUUAUAAAAUGUAACGCAUAAAGUCAAUAUAUAUAUGUAAAACAUGAUUUAUAAAUAAAAAAAUGUGAAAAAUCCUGUUUUUAUUUAAAUGAAAAGAUUUAUUCAUAAUUCAUUAUUUACGCACUAUGCUAAUAUAACAAAUAACGAAGUUAAACGGAAAAUGUCGGUUUACUACGAUAGAUAACAUACCUUGUAAAUGUUUCAAAGGUUAGUUUACUGUACUACAAGAGUGUUCCUGAUCCGAUGCAAGGUUUUUAAACGGGAUAUUCAAAGGAAGAUAUUUAUUUGUUUAUUCAGAUUAUUUGCUAUUAUUUAGAAUAACAUAAAAUAGUAAGAUGCGUAUACGUAAAGACUUAAACUGAGCUUAUAUUUCGUGCAGAGCUUUACCUCACAUUUAUGUAGUUAAACAAUUAUUUCACAUAUUUCUAUCAAUAUACUAGUCAAAUAAUACUAUUUAUUUCUCAGUGUAAGACAUUGUUACGAUUUUUAUCAAUUCAGAUAUAAUACAUUUAAUUAUGUGACUUUCGCGUCAUUUGAUUAGGCUUAUGUAGUCUCAACAGAAUCUCAAAGGAAACGCAAUUACAAUAUGAAGAAGCUCUGAUGAGAUCAAUCUGUCAAUAAAAAACAUUAAAUUCAAAUUUUAAACGGUAAAUCUAAUAUAUAUAGAUCUUUACAAAUUUAUUCUUAGAUGCACGUUAUUUGACUCCUGGUUUCCCAACACUAUUGGUUUCUCAAAACUAUUUAAUUUAUUUUUAGAAAAAAAUAUUUAUUCAAUAGUAACAGUAAUUUGUAUGAAUAUUAUUGAUGUAUUCACUUUUUCUUGUCUUCUUUUAUGUUUUCUUUUUUAACAAAAUAGGAAUUCUUUGCUGUAUUACAUAAAAACAAGAAUUUAAUGAUAUAUCUUAGAUUCAUAAUGAACUGAAUAGUUUUACAUACUGCAAACAUGGACCGAAAAGUUAAUUGUAUUUCAAUAAAAAAAAAAACACAUUUUAAUAGCAUGUUCCUAGUUUGGAAUGAUGUAGCAUUAAAUAAAAAAUGAGAAAUAAACGUUUUUCUUUCGUACAAAUUUGUUUCAUAAAUCUAGGUGAUUAGAUCUCAAAAAGACAUAUCAAUGUGUGUAAGUAUUCGCUGCAGCAGUAUGUGAACUCAAUUUGUAUGAAUGUUGAAUUAUUAAAGUUUAAUUUAAUGUGAUUUUUACACCUAUCUUUACCAUGCAAUAUUGCAAUUGUGUUGUAAUCCAGAGUGAUGAAAAUGAUUUCAUUUAUUAUACUAAUAUUUGAUAUUGUUCAAUUAAGAUAUUAACAUUAACAUUUUACGCCCACGAAAUUUAAUGCUGGGUAUUGCACUCGAAACAUUGUAUGAUAUCAGUAACCAUAACACAAUGCACAUCUUUUUUCAUGAAAUUUUGAGAACGAGUUUAAAUAUUUUCAUUGUAAGGAUUUAGUUUGUAACAAUUCUGGUGUUUAUUUACAAUUUCAUUUAAGGGUAUUACCUUUGUACAAUGUUUGUUAAUCUUUUUAAAGAUUUAACCGUUGCAAAAAUUAAAAACUAGAAAUCCGUUUUACUGUCUACAGCAUUUAGAAGAAGUAGUUGUUGGCAAUGAGGCAGAUAAAUCUAACAAGCAUGGAGCCAAAUGCUUAAAAACUGCUGGAAUGGUUGAAGUUAUGAACAAAGACGAAAGAAAGCAUUUGUUACUUGAUUCUCAGAUUGGUUUGAAUGAUUGAACUUAAUUUUAAAUACUAUCUCGAUUCCAAUCGUUCAAGUAUCAAUAAAUUCACUGCUCUGAGAAACUAAAAAAGUAUGGCGAUAAAAAAUACGGUGUAUUUGAUAUUUGUUGUAGUUUGAAUAAUUUUUCUGCAACGUAUUUAUACAUCAAGUUGGUAAUUUAUGAAGCAAUGUUCAUGGUCUAAUUAUGAAGAAAGCGUACCAUAUCAUAAGCCUCACUUAACUUAUUAUGCACAGUUUAUAAUAAUGAUUAUUUCGUGACUUUAAUUUUAAUUGUUUUCAAGACUAAAUUAUAGUUCAUAUACGACAACAGUUUAAUUCUCGUCAGAUAUGACUGGUAUGACUUUCAUUUAUAUAUACUGUAAUAAUUUCAUUUUGUUGGAGAACUAAUAAAAGCUAAUCAUAUUACGGGCUUUAAAAAAGAAAAUGGAUGCUUCCUACUCUCAAGCGUUUAUCAGUCUGCUACACGACCUUAUGAUGAAAUGAAAUGUGCAGCUGUUAUGUUUAAGGAUAAAGUUAUUAGGACUACGUUGGUCCUAAAUAUGUGAUGACUUCAUUUUAUGUCAUUAAGUCCUUUGUAACAGGUUUGGAUUGUUAAAUUUCAUAUAUUACAUUUUUUUUUAAAAAUAGUUAUUACUUUUACUAGAAAUUACUCAUUGUUUGCAAAUAAAAAGUAGAACAAGAUUGCAAGCUAUUCAUAGUCGAUAUUCUUAAAGUAUCACCAUCCUUAAGAUAACUUCCAUUUUGAAGAGUAUUUAAAUUGACUGACUACAAAUGGUAGGUCGUCUUUUUUCGCACUUAAACAAACACAUAAGCACGCGCACAUGCACGCACUCGCAUGUUUAAAGUUUUUAAAAUUAAAGGGACCUUUACUAAUGAUGCAUAAAUGUACGAUCAAAUGGUAACAUUCUACCUACUUAUGUAUGUGAAGCUAAGUUAUUACAUAGCAUUGUUCUUUCUGUAGGUUCUCAGUAUAACGUUAUGAAAGGUAGUAGAUGUUUCAUAAUAUCUAAAUGUAUAAAGGCCUAUUACUUUUUUUUAAUUUAGAAGUGUAUGCAUGUAAGCAGUAAGUGUUCUGUCAAUCGAUAAUACAUUUUGAAUAAAAUUCAAACUGC